AUGCACGACAUUCGGGGGAAGUUAGGAAGCAGCUUGAAGAGACAAAAGAGGCUUCAGCUGACUCGCCAGGAACAUAUGUUGGGAUUGAGACCGGGCUCUGACUGGAAUGACCAGAUCGAAGAGGCUGGCUCAUUGAUCUUCCACGUGUGUGGUUCUGUCCAGGAGAUGUUGGAUGCAGGAGGCCGCCCGUUGCUCCCCAACGUUUCUGCUGUGGAACAAUCAGGGGGUGGGUAG